AUGGCGUGGCUGACGGCAGGGGCCGGGGAGCUGGCCUCCAGUGUAGCAGAAAGCUCUCGUCCGGCGAGCUCGUCCUCGAGGCUAGUCCGUCAUAGUAGGCCGUCCGGAGGGCGGAAUCUCCCCAGGUUGUCUGGACGUCAAGGGUCUGAAAGUCAGCAGUGUAGUGGCUCACGGACAACCCUCCCUGCCGCAGAUGAUAAAGCCUGGAGUCGGUCUCCACCUCACCGGCAGGAUGUUCAAAGUGAUAAGAAGAGAAGCCAGGUUGACUGUGAGGAGGGUUUAGAGGAGGAAGAUUCAGAGUAUAACCCAAGGAGGAAGAUUCUGACACGGAUGAGGAAGAAGUUCUGGAGCUUAAGUUGUGGUCUCCUUACACUAUCCCGAUAUGCUGUAUCCCGAGUGGAUGAUAUCAAGUCCUGUUUUCAACUUUUCCUUAGAGACUUCCUUGUAACCAUUGUCAUGAACAUGACAAACCUAGAGGAGAGCAGGGUUUAUGGAAACACCUGGAAAGAGAUUGAGCUUCUGCUGAUUCAGGAUGAGAUUUCAACCGGACACACUGAGAUCCAGGUGGAAAUACUGCUCAUAAUGGAAUACACGACACCUGAUGAAAGCAACGAAACAUCCAUAUCACUUUCCAAAGAUUUUUUUCAAACCAAUGUUUCCUUGGGCUCAGGACAUCUAGCCUCUCUUGGCGAAAUUAUAGAUGAUUGUAACAAAGAUGGGACUCCUCCUGUGCGUGUGGUCUUCCUUGUCCUAAUCCUUGUACCUGCCUUUCCAGCAAAUAUGUUACUGCUCUGGAUGUUGUUAAAGAACAGAAAGACUCUGUCACCUUCUGAGGUUUUAGGUCUUAACAUGGCCGUUCUCAGUGUGCUAUUUUGCCUCAGCCUUCCAUAUGAUAUAUACAUUUCAACAACGGUUCGCGCAGGACUUCCCUUGCGCAUCUCACACACCUUUGACACCCUCAGUUACUUCGGCUGCCCACUCCUGCUGACCAGUAUGUGCUUGGAGCGCUAUGUGGCUGUGGCACACCCUGUGCUCUACAUCAGGCUGGGGAAGUGGGAGUAUCGUGCUGCAUGCUCUGCCAUCAUCUGGUUUCUUACCAUUAUAAUGGCAGUAAUCACCUUUAUCUACUCUCUCUCUGACACCGCUAUGAUAUUUUCCAUCAUUGGUAAUAUACUGUUUUUUGUCAUGGUGGGCUGUCUGUUAGGCAUUGUUUAUGUGCUGCGUAAAAAGGGCCCAGGCGAAGGGGACCAAAAUUCAGUUAUAAAGAAGCGAGCUCUGAAAAAUGUACAAGCAGUGCUGGUUCCCUCAACUAUAACCUAUAUGCCCAUGCUGGGUGCGGGCCCUUUUCUCACAGUAAUCCAAAUACUUGCUGAGAAAGGCACAAAUGUCCUUCUCUGUAACUUUCUUGAACUGUUUAGUGUAAUCCCCAGUUUUGGAGUCUGCAUUGGGCCCAUGUUCUACAAGUCCCGGCUAUGGCAAAUGCUCUGUGGCAGGAAUAAUGGAUCAAGAGACACAAGAGUGACCACUACAGACCAGAGAAACUAA